AUGUUUUUAAGUACAAGCCCCAAAGAGGCACAAGUAGAUUUCUCUGCUCAUGUGAAAGAACUCUACAACGUGAAUUUGUUGAUCACAAAGGAGGAAAUUGGCUAUCCUUAUACCUUCAGAACGCAGGGAAAGAACUUCACAGGAGUGAAAGAGUUCAUCUUCUUGGGAUUCUCUAGCUUUGGGAAGCAUCAAUUCACUCUCUUUAUGGUUUUCUUAAACAUUUACACUUUAACUUUGGCUGGUAACAUCAUCAUCGUGACUAUAACCUGCAUUGACCGUCACCUCCACACUCCCAUGUACUUUUUUCUGAGCAUGCUGGCUAGUUCAGAGACUGUGUACACACUGGUUAUUGUGCCACGAAUACUUUCCAGUCUCAUUUUCCAUAAGCAUCCCAUCUCUUUGGCAGGUUGCGCAACUCAAAUGUUCUUUUUUGUCACCUUGGCCAUCAACAAUUGCUUUCUGCUUACAGCAAUGGGCUAUGACCGCUUUGUGGCGAUUUGCAAGCCCCUGAGGUAUACAGUCAUCAUGAGUAAAAAAACGUGUGCCCAGUUGGUGUGUGGGUCCUUUGGCACUGGUCUGGUUAUGGCAGUUCUCCAAGUGACAGCAAUGUUCAAGUUGCCCUUCUGCGGCAAAGUGGUGGACCACUUCUUCUGUGACAUUUACCCAGUCAUGAAGCUUUCUUGCACUGAUACCACGGUCAAUGAAAUAAUCAAUUAUGGUGUAAGUUCAUUUGUGAUUCUUGUGCCCAUAGGCCUGAUCUUCAUCUCCUAUGUCCUCAUCAUCUCCUCCAUUCUUAAAAUUGCCUCUGCUGAGGGCAGGAAGAAAACCUUUGCCACAUGUGCCUCCCACCUCACAGUGGUCAUCGUCCACUAUGGCUGUGCCUCCAUUUCCUAUCUCAAGCCCAAAUCAGAGAGCUCAAUAGAUAAGGACCUUCUUCUCUCUGUGACCUACACCAUCAUCACUCCCCUGCUGAACCCUGUUGUUUACAGCCUAAGGAACAAGGAGGUCAAAGAUGCCCUACAUAGAGCUGUGGGCAGAAAUAUUUCUUAGCAGAUGGAAUCAUUUAUUAUAGAUCUUUAGCCCAGCAUAAUGUGAGUCUACUUACAACCAAACUACAAUGCGGAUGUUCAUUAAACACAACAUUUGUUGACUAUAAUGACAGAGAAUAGAAAUGCUUUACUUUUCAUGUAAAAAAAAUUAGGAUUUCUGUUCUUCUGAAAUUUGUUAACAGAAUCAUUACAAGAUGAGUUGACUACUUGUUUUUAUUCUUGAAAAUUUUGGUUUGCAAACACAUUUGACCCCCACUUCAUUUGAGUUCUUUGAUAGUCAAGUCUUUGAUAGUCUGGUAAAUGGAUGUGGAGAAGAGGCUGUUGAAGUACAGCGGCUGGAUUCUUAGGAAAAUAGGUUUCAGAGAGAGCCGAUUCCAUUUCAUACCUCACGUACGAGCGAGGUCUUUCAUUUUCAGCAGUUAAAUCAUAUGCUCUGUAAUAGUCAUUUUAGAAAGGGCUUCCUUAAUUCAUGAUGAUUGAAAAAUUAGUAGCUUUGCAGGGAAGGGCCCUUAACUUAUUAUCCAGCUAUAUUAGCUCCUUAAAUAAUAUUUGUUUCUAUAUGUAUGCCUCCCUCUUGUACAAUCAAUACAAAAACUUCUGUGGUUCCCUAGAGGUUUAGCAGGGAAAGAAACUAUUGGUGGCUUUUGUCUGUAACUACAC